AUGAUAUUACGCAGCGUCAGAGAAGACGAAGCAACGAAAUGCAAAGACGACGCAAGCGAUGACGACGAAGGCGCCACCUCCGAGCCUGAGCCUUCCCCCGAGCCUACACUCCCGCCUCCACCGGAGACGUGUCCAGCGCCGUUCCAGCUGCUGGCCGAGAGCUGCUACUACAUCCAGACAGACCCGCGGGAGUGGAAGUCCUGGGGCGAGGCGCAGAGUUUCUGCCAGCAGCAAGCGGGCACCCUCGCCGCCCCACACCGCCCUAACCAGCUCAGAGACUACCUCAACACCUACUAUUCCAACGUAUUUUGGGUGGGCGGCCGCAAGGACAGAGGUCAAUGGGUAUGGCUCAACGGCAACGGCUUGUCUGACGACGACUGGAAGACGGGCAAGCCGGACAGACAUCCUUCCAAAAUGUGCCUGCAACUCGACGCUUCGAGCAGCUACAAAGGCGUCAACCACUUCUGUGGCGAGAAGUUCUCUUUCAUUUGUGAACAUAGACAAGGAUAAAGACGAGGACUGUGCAUGUAAAGAAUACCGGCCACAGGCAAAUACUUUCGAGCAAAAUAACAGACAAGCAUAUUGAAAACACCUUUGUUUUGUAUGCCAUUCUUUAGAGAUUAAAAGGUUAAAUUGGAAACUACAGUGUAAAAGAAUUAACUCUUACGUGGUUAAUUAAAAGGAAAACGAAAUAAUGGAAAUUGCAGGAGAAAUGAUGUUUUAUGCUGAUGAAUGGUAACUUGAAAAUUUGUAUUUUUUAAAAAGAACCCGUGUAAUUCGCAAUUCUCGGGAUCUGGGAAAUCAUCGCCUGAUGACACUUUGUCACGACAUAAGCAAACUAUUAAUAUUUUUGUUAAGUUGCAGUAAGCAAUUCGUUCUUCGUUGAAUCACUUUAAGUACGUAGUGCCGAUGACACAAUCUCUCAGAACUGAUGCUCAAUUUUCUCGUCGACUACUAAACGGACUAAAGUCGAAAAUAUUUGAUUUAUAAAUAUUUAUCCUGUUCUUAAUAAUCCUACUUGUAAUUACAAUUAUUUAUAAAUUUUUAACUAAAAUUUUAUCUUACAAAGACUGCUUUGAAAUAGAACCCGAUCUUCUAGUUGAUUCGAAAGCAUUUUAAAUAUUUAUUAAUACGGCGCAUCAUUGUUUGC